CUACAACACCGAUUGCUGAACGGGGAUCUGCGAAAAGACGCAGCCCAGUUGAAGCUCGUCUCCAUCGCCGUGCUCGGUAGUGGCGGCUGGAAUGGAUAGCCCGCAUGAUGCUACAGCCGGAGUGUUCUCGGCAACGCCGCCACCAUCGACCGUGGGUACCUCCGAGGGAAGCCAGCUCGCCGGUUCAUUACGCGCGCGCGACGUGAUCCUGCCGGAAGGCGCGCGUCGCGUCCACUUCAUGGGGGCCGGCGCGGGGGGCGAGCCUCUCAUGUUUACCGUAGCGUCUGAAGAUACGGUGAUCGAUUGCAAUGGAGGGGCUAUUCCUGCACCUCAGCCCGCUCGCACGGACAGCGGCACGGCCGGCAUGCCCUCGCCGCGGUCUCAGACCAACGUCGACCACGAGUCGUCGCCCCCUACCUCCGUCGCCACCGAGGGAUACGCGCGCCGUCAGAGAUGAUGUGGCGCCCAUCACUUGUGAUCCAAAUUCUGGCUUCCCAUAUAUUGUUAUUUCAUACCUACUUGAUCUUUUCUCAGAAACCGCAACGGCAGCUCCUGCAGCCGAUCGACAAUGGAGGAGGGAGGUCGGACCAACUCAAUCCAGCGCGCCUUUAGCCUCGCCGCGGAGAGAGGCUCGCCUGUCGUCUUCGAGCCGGCCGUGGGUAUGGUCUUCUCGUCAGAGCAAGAGGCGCACGAGUUUUACAACGCCUAUUCUUGAAAAGUUGGGUUCGGGAUCAAGCGGGGAAACAAGUAUACCACGAAGCCCGCAUG